UCAAGCAAGUGUCAAUGUCAAAAUAACUACCAUUGGUUAUUGCUGAAAUUCUUCCUUCUUUCAUUGUCAAAUUCGGCGAAAAUGACGAAGGGAACGUCAAGCUUCGGUAAACGCCGAAAUAAGACACACACACUAUGUAGAAGAUGUGGAAGAUCUUCUUAUCAUAUUCAGAAAUCCAAAUGUGCACAAUGUGGAUACCCAGCCGCUAAAUUACGUUCAUACCACUGGUCAGUGAAGGCAAAGAGGAGGAAGACAACAGGCACUGGCCGCAUGCGUCACCUCAAGAUUGUCAGAAGGCGUUUCCGUAACGGUUUCAAGGAGGGCAAACCAACACCCAAGAAAGCUGUAGCCUCCUCGUAGAUGUAUUGUUGUGACAAAUAAAAACAGUAAAAAAUG